AUGUCGAAUUACCCCUCCGAGCCUGAGUUCGAGCAGGCCUACAAAGAGCUCGCUUCAACCCUCGAGAACUCCUCCCUCUUCAAGAAACGCCCCGAAUUCAAAACUGCUCUGGCUAUAUCCUCCGUCCCAGAACGCGUCAUCCAAUUCCGUGUGACAUGGGAAGAUGACAAAGGAGCUGUCCAAUUCAAUCGAGGCUAUCGAGUGCAGUUCAAUUCAGCUCUUGGACCAUACAAAGGAGGCUUGCGAUUCCAUCCCACUGUCAAUCUCUCGAUUUUGAAAUUCUUAGGAUUCGAGCAGAUUUUCAAGAAUGCUUUGACAGGCUUGAAUAUCGGUGGCGGCAAAGGUGGGGCAGAUUUUGACCCCAAAGGAAAAUCAGACAACGAGAUCAGAAAAUUCUGUGUAGCUUUCAUGACCCAAUUAGCCCGACAUAUUGGCGCCGACACGGACGUGCCUGCUGGAGAUAUUGGAGUAUCUCCCAGAGAAAUUGGAUGGUUAUUUGGAACAUACAAAACACAAAAGAACCUCUGGGAAGGUUGCUUGACUGGCAAGGGUGGCACAUGGGGUGGUAGUUUGAUCAGGCCUGAGGCAACUGGCUAUGGUCUUGUCUACUACGUUGAUCUUAUGAUCAAACACGCAUCAAACGGAAAAGAAAGCUUCAAAGGCAAACGGGUAGCCAUCUCCGGUUCUGGCAACGUUGCACAAUAUGCAGCCCUCAAAGCCAUCGAGCUCGGCGCUACCAUUCUCUCCCUGUCCGACAGCAAAGGCGCAAUCAUAGCCAAGAGUGAUCAAGGAAUACAACCUGCAGAUGUGCAGGCGAUCGCAAAAUUGAAGGUCGAGCGCAAGGCGCUGACUGAUCUCCUCACAACGAGCGAAUAUAAAGACAAAUUUACGUACGAAGAGGGAGCGCGACCGUGGACGAAGGUCGGCAAGGUUGAUAUCGCACUUCCUUCCGCGACACAAAAUGAGGUGUCCGGCGAUGAAGCCAAGGCAUUGGUAGAAGCAGGGGCCAAAUACGUCGCCGAAGGCAGCAAUAUGGGUUGUUCGCAAGACGCGAUCGACGUGUUCGAGGGCAACCGGAAGGAAAAGAAGGGUGACGCGAUUUGGUAUGCACCUGGUAAAGCAGCCAACUGCGGCGGUGUAGCCGUCUCCGGCCUCGAAAUGGCGCAAAAUUCCCAGCGCCUGUCAUGGACAUCAGAAGAGGUGGACAGCAAACUCAAAGGCAUCAUGACAGCCUGCUUCAAGAACGGCCUCGACACAGCCAAGGAAUACGUGGAGCCCUCUGCCGAAGGGGAAUUGCCAAGCUUGGUCGCUGGUAGUAACAUUGCGGGAUUCAUCAAGGUCGCUGAGGCUAUGAAGGCACAGGGAGACUGGUGGUGA